UUUAAUUACUAAACGCACGACGAGCACGCCUCUCUUUAAAGAUUAAUUUCAAUGAUCUGACACAAGGUGGCGCCCUUUCCCACGUGGAGAAGAAAUUUCAACAUGGCUGCAUACGGGUGUUCGAAGUUUGCUCAGCAGCAACUUGAAAAACACGGAUGGAAAAGUGGUCAAGGUCUUGGCAGAACAGAGUCAGGAAUCAGUGAGGCCAUCAAAGUCAAGAUAAAGCACGACACUGCCGGGGUUGGCCAUGACCCCGGUGAGCAGUUUACGUACCAUUGGUGGGACCACGUCUUCAACAAAGCUGCCAGUAACAUUGUUGUCCAGACUGACCAGGAUGGUGUGAAGCUCUCCAGAAGAGAGGAGACCCAAGGCUUGAUCAGCAACAAGAAGUCGUCCCGCAAAAGGGCCAAGAAACUGCUGCUGUACGGCAACUUCGUCAAGAGCUCCACCUUGACUGCUGAAGGCUUGCAGCCCCAAGACGAGGACGCCUCUCUGUCGUCUUCAGAUGAGGAUGGCAGUGGUACAGGCAGUCGGGAGGAGACGAAUAUUGACGAGAGAUUCUUCAAGGCCUGCGGUGGCCGGACAGCUCACAAGGGAGCAAGGCAUGGCCUGCAUCUCUCGGGGAAGCUGAAACGCAUCCAGGCCCAAGAGGAAGGUCGUUAUCAGCCCCAGCCGCCCAAGGAUGUUGAAACAACAGGUUGGCAUUCCACUCCAGACGAUGCCAGAGCAUACGGACAGCCACCAUCGCUGAAAGGCGACUCGGUAGGGGACGAGGGGCAGAGAAGGAAGCGACGGACAAAAGGAAAGAGGCGGAAAUUGAAGAAAAGGUCCCUUGAAGAAACCCACGGUGAAGGUACCUCUGUUGGCCAUUUUCAAGAUGACACCAGUGAUAGGAAAGUGGUCACAGAUGGCCACGAGGACAAAAGGCCGAGGUUAACUACAGAUGAAGGUACAGAUACUGAUCUCUCUACAACAGAUGUUCUUGAAAGAGACGAUAGACAAAAGAAAGAGCACACGAGAGGAAAGAUGGUGGCAAAUGGCUGCAUGAAUGCUCAUGAAUAUUCAACAAGGGAGUGUGAAGCUCAGCAACUGGGAGUGGACUUGGACAGCAGGGCGGCGACGAAGAGGGCAAAGAAAGCUAAGAGAACUCAGGAAAAGGGGGAGUCAUGAAUAUUCAACAAGGGAGUGUGAAGGUCAGCAACUGGGAGUGGACUUGGACAGCAGGGCGGCGAGGAAGAGGGCAAAGAAAGCUAAGAGAACUCAUGAAAAGGGAGAGUAUUGCCCCCGCGGAGGAUACAGGUUUGCUGGAACCGAGUAAGAAAAAGAUCAGAUUUGUCCACCAGCCUGUGCCUAGCGAGGUCGUUGGUGGUCAGGUGCACAGUGAAGAAACGGAGACCAGAAAAUCUAGGAAGAAAAAGUCCAAGUGUAUAACUCUUUUUGACAAUUUGAAAUUAUCUCAUAUUUUCAAUACUGCUGGUAACAUUGAUCGACAAGAUUUUAUUAUCACAUUUUGACAAUAUUAAUUUCUUGGGGAGUUCUUGUUCGUAUCUUAAUUUCAACUGUGUACAUGCAAUCGUCCUUCAAAAUGUUUAGAUAAACCCCAGUAAUUUUGGACAAUUUUUGUUGCAUUUUAAUAGGCGGCAGUAAACUAUUCCCAAAUGCCAUUGAUUUUCUGUGAUGGUUAUACUAAACUGCUCCAAUUUCUGUUGAUGCAGUGAGAUUGAAGAGGGUUGCAUUUUAUUUUUUAUGCAAUAAAUAUAACGGGAAGAAUAA